UGCAAGUCAUACUUGCUAUAAAACAUUUGCCCUUUCGAUUGAAAAGCAGGCUGGAGAGUGUGAGGGUGGGGUUGGGGGAGUUUACAAAGGCAAGACCUGAAGAAGAGCGAGGUGUGGCCACGUCUGCGGUACUCUCAUCUCCUCCAGGGGAAUGUCUGUGGUGCUGUGGCCUCAGCACACGUGGGCCAGAGCGACGAAACAGAGCAGUUUUACACAGUCCAAAUCUUCCACCCACCUGGCAGGCCAGUGCUCAUAAACAGGACAGUUACACAAACCUGCUCUCAGACUGUACGAGACAUAAGUCAGGAGGCUGGCUUAGAAAAAAAACGGGGGGUGAAACACACACAGGCACAACUACUAUCAAACACGCUUACUUUGCCAGCAGAGACGACACGGGCAGGAGAGUGGGACACUGCUGAGGGAUUUACUUGAGGAAGGGAAAAAGAGAGGAGCCUGGAUGGACACACUCUGCAGUCUCAGUGGCCUGGACCCUCUCUGGGAUUGGAACGUCACGUGGUACACAGCACAUCCAGACCUUACAAAGUGCUUCCAGCACACAAUACUGGUGUGGUUCCCUUGUUUCUAUCUCUGGAUCUGUGCCCCUUUCUACUGCUUGUAUCUCAAAUUCUAUGACAAUGGACGCAUAUCUAUAUCCAGCCUCUGCUGUGCCAAGACGGGUUUGGCUCUCUGUCUGGCCUCCUUUGGUUUUCUGGAGACGGUCUACCUGCUGGUGGAAAGAAGGAGAGACAUAGAGCAUCACAUGGUCUUUCUCCUGAGCCCUAUAAUCCGCAGCCUUACCAUGAUACUGGCGAUGUUAAUGAUCCACUUAGAAAGGCUGAGGGGCUUUCGUUCCUCUAUGUUUCUCUUUCUGUUUUGGAUGCUGGCGGUGGUCUGCUCACUGGUGCCUCUCAGAGCCAACAUACAAGCCAUCAUAGAGGAGGUCUGUACAUCAACACUAUUAUCCAAUUGCUGUUGCAAAUAACAAUAAUAAUUAUAAAACU